CACAUCUGCAUGACUUUUUAAUGCGUUUUCUGUGUUCUUCAUAAAAUCAGGGAAUAUAUAUGGAGUAUCUACAUAUAAACAUUUAGUAUGCCGAUCAGAGGAAGCAUAGUAACUCUUAACUUAUUUUAUGUGUUUUUAGCUUAGUUAGUUGAUGCAAGUGAAGUGUGAAUCCCUCCAAGCUAAAUUUACUUCAUGCAACAAAAGGUAUUCAAGCUUAUAGAACCUAGUUUUCGUAUUAAAACUAAAAAGGAGACUACAUAAUAGUUCAACUCAAAUAAUGUGAAUAUUUCGUCUUCUUUUAUAUCUAAAAUGGAAGUGCUUCUGAUCAAUAUUUUCCAAAAAAUCGUAUCUUAACUUCACAUCAAACGUAUAGAAGUUUAAAAUUGAUUGAGACAUUAAUAUGUAUCAUCUGCACUGCACGCGUAUCAAAUGUUCCGCUAGACUAAAAAACAAAUAGAAGAGAAUAAAGUAAAGAGAAAAAUAAUAGGUUUUGACCAAUUAAAAAAGCCAACCCAACUUGUCCUAUAUUAAUAUUGUUCGUACACAGUUAAUUUUUCACAGGUGUGACCCUUAUAUAUAUAUAAACCAUAUAUCCCUCAUGCAAAUUAACCUGAGCAUUUCAUAUAAGUUCAUACAAGCCUAAAUAUAUUAUUAUAAAACACCUGAAGUUCCAAGUUCAUAUUGCAACGUUUCUUAAAAAUAUAUAUCAUCAUCAUGAUCAUGAGGAUAUCUAUGGCUAUGUGCAAACAGCCAUUGCCUCCUUCGAUGGCGUUAAACUUCCCCCCGGCAAACUUUGGUCCUAAUAUGCUAACUCUAAGCCCAUCCGGUCCAAAGGAUAAAGUCGUGGUCAUCAUGGGUGCUACCGGAACAGGCAAGUCACGUCUCUCCGUUGAUCUAGCCACUCGUUUUCCAGCAGAGAUCAUAAACUCCGACAAGAUCCAAGUUCACCAAGGCCUCGACAUUGUUACCAACAAGAUCACGACCGAAGAGAGUUGCGGGGUACCGCACCAUCUCCUAGGUGUCUUGCCGCCUGAAGAUGACUUAACAGCUGUUAACUUCCGUCACAUGGCGAAUCUCUCUGUUGAAAGCAUCCUCAGUCGUGGAAAGCUUCCAAUCAUCGUUGGAGGUUCCAACUCCUACGUUGAGGCCUUAGUCGACGACGAUGACUACAAGUUCAGGUCGAGAUAUGACUGUUGUUUUCUAUGGGUUGACGUGGCACUUCCCGUUUUGCACGGAUUUGUGAAUGAGAGAGUUGAUAAGAUGGUGGAAAAUGGAAUGGUCGAAGAAGUUAGAGAUUUUUUUGACUAUUCAGAUUCUAAUUACUCGAGAGGGAUCAAGAAAGCAAUCGGAGUUCCAGAGUUCGACAUGUUUUUCAGGAAUGAGCCGUUCUUAAACAUGGGAGACAGAGAAGAGUUGUUGAGUAAAGUGGUGGAUGAAAUAAAGAGAAACACUUUUGGAUUAGCUUGUAAACAGAGAAAUAAAAUAGAAUGGUUGAGAAGGAUCAAGAAAUGGUGUAUUCAGAGACUGGAUGCGACUCCGGUUUUCACGAGGCGUAAGUCAAAGGUGGAUGCUGACGUGGCGUGGGAGAGGCUGGUGGCUGGACCAAGCACCGACUCUGUGUCACGGUUCCUGCUCGACUUUGCCAGUCCUCGACCGUUAGUGGAAGCAUUAACCGCGGUGGCUAGGGAACGUGAGAUGUCGCGGUGCGUAGUGGUGUAAUAAUCGGCUAUAACCACAUAAAUAUAAGGUUGGAUCUUGGAAAUGUGGUUAAUAUAUGCCAAGUCAUUUUGGUAUUGAUGGUGUGGCAAUGGUCAGCGAUAUUCAAACUACGAUGAGUAGAGAAAAGUUAUACCUACGGCUAUAUAUCGUACUCCUUUCAUUUCAUAUUAAGUGUCGUUGUAGAGAAAUUUUUUCGUUACAAAAUAAGUGUCGUUUUCAAUUUUCAAUGCAAAAUUUAUUAAUUUUAUGCAGUAAUUUAUUUUUCUAUUGGUUGAAAUAUGGUUAGGUGUAUAGGUAAUUGUGUUUUUAUAUAGGAAAUAUACAAAAUUAAUUAUUUUCUUAA